UUGACUACUAACUUACACAUUCUCCUAUUUUGGCGAAUUCGCCUUCCUUCUCCUCCUCCUUCUUCUUCUUCUUCUUCUUCUUCUUCUUCUUCUUCUUCUUCUUCUUCUUUCAUUCAUUUAUUUUUCUGAUUUUAUCCCUCCCGAAGUCUUAGGCUUUUCUUUUUUAACUUCACUAUUCUCUCCUUGGAUUUGAUGGAAACUGGAUCGAUUUGAUAAAACCCAGAUCAAAUCUUAGCUGACAUUUUCCAAAUUUCAAUGCUUUUUUUUUUUUUUUGGGAGAUUGGGUUUCUCUUUCUUUUUGAUGAUGUAAAACUCAUCACUUUCAGGUCAAUUCUAUAAGCACCUUAAUUUUUUUUUUUUUUUAUACUAAUCUGAAGUUAAAUUCGCUGCCUUUUAAAUUGCUCAUUGUUCCGUAGUUUAAGAACACAAAGUGUUUGUUGAAAUUCCUGAGAGAGAGAGAGGAUUGUGAAUUCUGUAAUAAAAUGAGAGAUUUUCCAUCUUGCUCUGGUGAAAAUGGCGUUCAGAUUGCGGAUUCUUCUUCCUCUUCAAGCGCCGGAAGAAACGCUCAGAAUCUUGUCAUUUGUAUCUACCGUUGCCGCAUCGGAGGUAGGACUUGCCUGAUCACUGUCUCAUGGACUAAGAAUCUCAUGGGUCAGUGUCUUACCGUGGGAGUUGAUGAUUCUUGCAACCGAAGUCUUUGUAAAGUUGAGAUUAAGCCCUGGCUCUUCACCAAACGGAAAGGGUCCAAGAAUCUAGAGGCCUAUUCCUGUAAUAUUGAUGUCUUUUGGGAUCUCUCCUCCGCUAAAUUCGGAUCCAGCCCUGAACCUUUAGGUGGUUUCUAUGUUGGCGUUGUUGUGGACAAAGAAAUGGCUCUUCUUCUUGGUGAUAUGAGGAAAGAAGCUUUCAAGAAGACGAAUGCUGCACCUUCUUCUUCUUCAUCAUUAGGUGCUGUGUUUAUUGCUAAGAAAGAGCAUGUUUUUGGCAAGAGGACGUUCGCAACGAAAGCUCAGUUUUCAGAUGAUGGCAAAACACAUGAUCUUGUGAUCGAAUGUGACACUAGUAUGAGUGAUCCUUGCCUCAUUGUUCGUGUCGAUGGGAAGAUUUUGAUGCAGGUGAAUCGGCUUCAUUGGAAGUUCCGUGGCAAUGAUACGAUUAUUGUCAAUAGGAUCUCUGUGGAGGUUCUUUGGGAUGUCCACAGUUGGUUCUUUGGGUUGCCAUCAAUGGCAGGAAAUGCUGUAUUUAUGUUCAGGACUACUCAACCAGUUGAAAAGUCAUGGUCUUUCACACAGGUACCCGUGAGCUCGAAAUCUCAAAGUUUUGGCUUUUCAUUGAUUCUGUACGCUUGGAAGAACGAGUAGUGGAGAAGAGUUUUGGGAGUUCUUUUCUUUCACUUGAGAGUGCUAACUAAAGGUUAUAAAAGGAACUGUUGAUUCUUGUCAAUCUAUGGGUUUCAAUUAUAUAUUCCUGUAUAAUGUUGGAACCGGAUCAGUCAAGAAGAACUCUUAUUCUUCGUAUAUAUCAGUUUCAUAUGUCAAAGUUACUACAUGAGACUUGUAAAGACACUUGUUCAAAGCCUAUUGCUUUGGUCUUGUAUCAAGAAAACAACUGUCUAGAUACUCUGUUUUUGUUC